CACCUCUUUUAGCAAAUCGUCUACUGUCGUGGAAGCGUACGGCCGCUUUACAUUCGAGUGUUUCGUGUCGUGAUUAAAAACGUCAAUUUGUGGUGACAGCAUUAUUUGAAGAGUGUGUGCUCAGUGAUAUUUAAAACGGUUAAAUAACACAACAAUAUGUCUUUCAACACUGAUAUUUCUACUAAAUUGGAAAACAGCAGGAACAGUCUGCGAAGAAUUGCCCGUCAUGAUGGUACUGAGUUCUCUAAACAGAGUAUCCUCAAUGACAUGGAGAAGUUUGUCAAAAUGGUAAACACCAUGGAUGACACAGUGCUGAUUCCCAGCCGUCUCAUGAAUCUGCCACAAGAAGGGGAUGAUGACCCAUUCAGCAUGUUCGCUAUGCUGAAUGACCUGAAGACUGAGUUGCUGUGGUCUGCCGGGGAUAGUGAGGAGCCAGAGCAGCCAUUGAGGAGAGUAUCGGAUGUGAGUGACACAGAGAGUGAUGCUUCGAGUGCUGCCGGUGACUCCGGUAUUGAAGGAGAGGAUGAGAGGGAGUCUGCUGUCCGUGCUGCCGCUGCCUGCAGGCGCCACCUCCGUGGUCUCCGCCGCUCCCUGCGCGCGCUCACGGCCGCUGCUUAUCACCUAACGAGGUCAUAUCAGGAGGAAGUAGGAGCACCUGUCUAGACCCAACAAGCAUUCUCCUGUGAUCCGAAGCCUGCCCCGAACGUGAUGUAAAUAUAGUAUUAAGCGGCCCGAACUGUAAAUAUAGGUUAAAGGGCUGGACGUGUUUGGGAAUCUCAGUAAGUUAACAAGGUUAUUAUUUAAUAAAUAUUAAUUUUCAUUA